CAAUAAAGGAGUGGAGAGUGCGGGGUGGUGGCAGCAGUGUCAUCAGCUGGCCGUUGUGGACGUGGAGUUGUACUACACCGCAACUGUGGAGGGUGUGACGUGAAGACGACGCUCCAAAUUCAACAUGACAACCACAACACAGAAACGUCAGGUGUUUGGGCACCAGCGCUCCCCAUCCAUGGAGUUUAAGGAGCUAACGAAAAAGGAUGCACAAGUCCAGUUGGCUCAGGAGCUGCAGAAGCUGCUUGUCACCUGUCCACAGUCUUUUAAAGAAGCAACACAAAAGGAGUUUGAAGGCUUUGAAAAACUCUUUGGACGUUUCAUCAAUGAAUCUGGGCCCUCAGUAGAAUGGGAUAAAAUUAAGAAACUUCCAGAGGGAGCUGUGUGGAAGUACUCUGACCUAAGUUCUCCAGAUGCUGCAGAUGUUAAGAAUAUGCUCAACAAGUUGGUAGUUGUAAAGCUCAAUGGUGGCCUUGGAACUUCUAUGGGUUGCCAAGGACCCAAGUCAAUUAUCCCUGUUCGUUCUGAGCUGACCUUCCUUGAUCUUACCGUUCAGCAGAUAGAGCAUUUAAACAAGACUUAUGGCUGUAAUGUCCCUCUAGUGCUGAUGAAUUCCUUCAAUACUGAUGAUGAUACCCAGAAAGUCAUUCGCAAAUACCAAGGAUUCCAGGUAAAGACCCACACCUUCAACCAGUCAAGGUAUCCACGUAUCAAUAAGGAAUCUUUAAUGCCAAUAGCAAAGACGUCUGGUGUAGAAGCUGACCUUGAAGCGUGGUACCCACCAGGUCACGGUGACUUCUAUGAGUCUUUCAAAAACUCAGGGCUUAUGCAGAAAUUUAUUGAACAGGGUAAGGAAUAUGUGUUUAUCAGUAACAUUGACAACUUGGGUGCUACUGUUGAUCUUGGCAUCAUAAACUUCUUGUUGGGUGGUGAGAAUAGUGGCAAGUGUGAGUUCCUGAUGGAAGUUACAGACAAGACAAGAGCUGAUGUUAAGGGUGGUACAUUGAUUCAGUAUGAAGAAAAGUUAAGAUUGCUUGAGAUUGCUCAGGUACCUAAGGAACAUGUGGAUGAUUUCAAGUCAGUCAAGACAUUCAAGAUUUUCAACACCAACAAUUUGUGGAUCAAACUAGAAGCUGUGAAUCACAUCCUUGAAGAGGAGACAAUGGACAUGGAAGUGAUCAUCAACAACAAACACCUGGAUACUGGCCAUAACAUCAUUCAGCUGGAGCAAGCUGUUGGUGGUGCAAUCAAGAGCUUCAACGGUGCAUUAGGUAUCAAUGUUCCUCGUUCCCGGUUCUUGCCUGUGAAGAAGACUGAUGAUUUAUUGCUGGUGAUGAGCAACCUUUACAGGCUUCAGCAAGGCACAUUGGCAAUGUCUCCUCUUCGCAUGUUUGAAACUACUCCUCUUGUCAAGUUGGGACCCAACCACUUUGGCAGAGUCAAGGAGUUCCUAAGAAGAUUUGCUUCAAUCCCAGACAUGUUGGAGUUGGAUCACUUGACUGUAUCAGGUGAUGUUACAUUUGGCAAAGGAGUCAGCCUAAAAGGGACAGUCAUUAUUAUUGCCAAUCAUGGUGACCGUAUUGAUAUCCCACCGGGCGCCAUCUUGGAGAAUAAAAUUGUUUCUGGAAAUCUUCGCAUUCUGGAUCAUUAGACAGUGUAGUUAGAACGUUGUAUUGUCAAUUAUUUUAAUUGUAUGUUUUUUGAAGUUGUAAAUUCUAAUUCAUAAAUUAAAUAUUUCACUUAUGUUUUUUAGUAUUUUCCAGAUAUUUUGUAAAAACUCCAGCACAAACUUCGGUAAUGAUUGCAUUGUAAUCAUAGACAAAACCAGACCCCCAUAAGUCUUGUGGAUUGCUUUGUCUGUCAGAGAGGUAUGUUAAACUUGAGUAAAUGUAUCACUUUUGAUAUUAGUUACAAACAUGGAUCAUUCGCUGUACAGCAUUUUCCAUAAAGGGAACAAAUCUCUAUUGGGUCAUUUAUAGCACUUUUUACUGUUCGUGCAUUUCAUAUCUUACUCAUUUGAUUUCUCUAGUCCUGUUUAUGGCAAACAGGUUGAGGUUCAAGUAAUGAGGUAAGAAGAUGUUUGUUUUGAUUGGUGAGACUGCACUACAUUGGGUAAUAUGAAACAAUUUAUUGUAAUGAAAUUUGAGUCAUGUUUUAUAGAUUUAUGUCAGAAUUUGAGGCAUGAUUAGGAGAGGAAAUUUAAAAGAUCUGAGGAUGUAUACUGUAUACAGUACCUGGGAAAUAGUUUUCAGUAAGAAUUAAAGGGAAAAUGAAUGUCAAGAGAUAGUUCAUAAAUUCAAAUUAUUCAGAUGGUCUUCAAGAGUAACUAGUAUAUUUACAGUAGAGUACAAUACAAUGUGAACUACUGGUGUGUAUCUUUCAUUGAUAAAAGUAAUAUUGAAAUUCAGUUUUCCUGAAAUUGUAUGCAUUUCAGUAAAAUUAAACUUUACCAAGAAAAAUAUGUUUGGUUAUUAGUGGAAUUUUUAGGUCAAAAUAAUCAAAACUCAUAUUGAUGGUCUCUGAAAUUUCACUCUGGCUUUAAGGGCAAUACAACACAAAUAUUUCUUUCUAUAAAGAAUAAUUUAGUGCCAAAUUUACCAAGCUUCCUCUUCAGUGUAAACAUUCUGAAGUUAAUGAAAGUUCCAUUUCAAGAAUCAAAAUCUAUUGUAGUUGUAUCUGAUGUGUACAUACUCCAAAACUAUUAAAAUUAUAAGAUUAUUUA